AUGCUUUUACAUGUCAAAUGCAUCUGACAAGUUAUUUCACUCCCAGAAGACUAUUGUUUUAGGUCCCUUUUUAUCGAGUGAAAGUGCAGAUGAUGUCUAGGUGAAGUUUUGCUUUCACUUUUUUCCACAACUUAUUAACAGCCAAGAAAAAAAUUACACACAAAAUACUGAAACUGGUUGGUUUACAUUUCUUAGAGGAAAUAUUAUGGUUAGGAAGGUGUUUUGCAUCUGCACAACAAAGUGGUUUUGUUGUAAAAAUCUCCAUCCCCUCCCAGUUUGUCCCUCCUCACUAUAAUGUUUCUUUCUCUUUAACAGACCCUGAGGUUUCGGCCCAGUGACAGGUAGCCGUAAAUUCAUCCACCCGAGGUCGGUCUGGGCCGAGGGUUGUCAUGUGAUUUUUAUUUGUAUAGCACAUUUAACAAUGCAUAAGAAACUUUACAGAGAAUCAUGCUGUAAUGUCUAAUGUUUUAAAUGUCUUAAAGUUCCCAUUGAGCGGUUGUCCCAAUGGAGAGCUCCCCGUCCUUCCCCACUGGUCCCAUUGAGGAAGGGCCUUACCAAGAACGUUGUGUUGACCCAGAGGAGAUUGAGGUCCAGCACCUUGGAGGACGCCACAGAGUCAAUCACAAAGAUGCCAAUGGCAAUACCACGGGGCCGGAGACUGUAAAAUUUCUUCCCGCCAAAGAAGACAACGUGUCAGGGACGUCUAUGUGUGGACCUUGCACUUCUGUGGCAGGUUGCAGGAAGCUCUUUUGUAGUGUGUUGACUUGUGGAUUGUACCGCGUAUGCCAGCGUUUGCCCUGUCUGAUUUCCAGCGACAGCUCACCUGUCAACGUACAAGUGGAGAAGCCUUUGAGCUCUCCAAAUGAUGAGAAUGGAUUCUAUUCUGAUAUCCGUAUUGGAGGUGUCAAGGUGGAUACAUCAGUUAUUGAAGACGAUGAAGAGCAUCUCUCGUUUUCCACCUCUAAAAUGGAGAUGGACAGUCCGACCUACUUCAGUAGCUUAACAGAAGACCACCUUGUCGAUGGCGACCUGACUGAAGACGUGGACAAACUCAUCACACGGAAGCUUAUGGAGGUCUUCUCGGAGUUUGAGAUCAACGAAUUGGCAAAGUGCACCUCAGACUCCAUGUUCCUGCGGCGUUCGCGGGAGAUCAGUCAACUAAUCUCGGACAUCGUGCAGGAGCACAAUUUGGAGGAGCAGGAGGCUGAGUGCAGGCUGGUGCGCGAGAUUAUUCGCAUCAGCACGCGCAAGAGUAAGAAGAAGCCGCAGAUCAGGCCGCUGGAGCUGCAGCGAGACAGCGGUAAUGACACGUGGAACAGCAAGAAGAACAGCCAGAAGAGCAGCUUCAAUUCCAUUAGCGAUGGGAAGCUGCAAAUUUCAAUGGAGAGGUCAGAUGACAUCGAAGCCAGAAAGUUACGCAACAACAGUAACCAGUCAUACUCUCCAAGUUUCCAGGAAACGGGUGUGCCGGUCACAUCUGACACUCCCUUACUACCCUACAACAUACGAGCGUGAGUGUCCCCUCAAACCAGACACAAUUUACAUUUCCAAACCAUCCUUAAACCAUCUCUAUGAAGUAUAUAUGUCCUCUGUCUUGGGGUCAAUGGAUCAUUUUGAAGGAACCCUUAGAAGUUGAGACUCCACUCUCCGCUAUUUGGCUUUUUGAAAUGCAACUGAAGAUGAGAUUGUAGUUAUGCUUCUUUUUUUACCUUUGGUUUCUUGUUGUGGAGCCCUGUGCUAUAUGCAUCUGAAGACUGCCCAGCAGAAGGCAUUAAGCAACUGAAGUGGCUUGAGUUGCUGAGAGCGAAGAAUGAAACGAUCUUUAUAGAUUGCAGAUAUAUAGAACCAUGAUAGUCAUAAAAGACCAGAUUAUUUUCCUUUAACUCCCUUGUCUCAGUUCUCCCUUCCCUGUUAAUGCUAAUAUGAUGAAUGUAUUAGGCAAAUUUUGUAGCUCCAGUCAAAGUCUGUCUGUGUAGAAGGAAGUUAUGUUGGACCAAAAGAAAUGCUUUGAGCCAGAAUGAAUGUUGAUGCAUGCUAAAUGUUAGGUGUUUAGAUAAGUGUCUGUCUCUAUGCUUAUUUAAAUGUACAUAAAAAGCUACAUAAGCACGUCAUUUGCCAUAUGCAAAGUCUAGAGGAGUAAUUGAUUAUUUGUGUAAUUUAUUAAUUCAAUGUACACUUUAAUGUAAAUGUCACUUCUUGCCAGACAAAUUUUGAAGUAAAGGACAUAUGAUGUUUUGCUCAGACAUGUAGUAAGUACUGUAAGCUAACUAUGUGUGAGAUAGAAAUUAAAAUGUUUGCAUUUGCAUCUUCAGUGAAGCAGUUUACAUCAUUUAAAUCAAGUUUUGCACUCAGUUCAACACAAAAUCCUUAAAAAGUUUCUAGAGUGUAACAAAUAAGUUAUGGUAGUAGUAACACUAUAUUUUCAUGUAAAAAAUGCUUUAAAAAAGGAAAGAAAUGUAUCCUUCAUGCAAGGCUGCGGGUGAGGCCAUUUUAAUUCACAGAACAGAACAAGGUCACAUUCAAUUUGAAAAGGUUUGACGUGAAUAGCCCUGCGGGCCACUCCACAUAUUGAAACCUUAAAAAUCCCCAGAUAAUACCAGAAAAUUAUAAUGCUUAAAAUAUUUCAAGCAGAAAGAUAUUUGAUUGGUGAGAAAGGGAACAGAAGCUUGUUGUUCACCAAAGGCAUCACACUGAAUACUUGAAACUGAUCCUUUGUAUCUCAGUUGACAUCAUGUUUAGAUACUGUAACAACUUAAUGACUCAUUCUAGUCAAGAAGUUUCUGCCUUGAGGGGAAAAAGUGAGUAAAGCGUCUUGAUCAAACAGGAAAAAUCUGUCUAUGGAUUAGUAUUCUUGAUCCUUGAGGCAUGUAUGUUUGGAGAAACACCUACUUUUGUCCUCCUUUAUAUUUGUUCUGUAUUGUAUGGCAAGAGUAAAUGGUACAAGAAGUGUAGUUGACAAUGCAUGCUACGAGUGCUCAUUACAAAUACAAAUAUAAAAUUAUAAAACCUGUUCUAUCCUUGUGUUUAUAUUCAUUUCUUUAAAACUCUCACAAAAUGAAUCCAUUUAAGAAAUCGUCCAGGUUAUGUUAAAUGGAUUGUUCCGUUUAGGGUGAUUCUCAAUAAAAACUUUCAAGAAAAUAUAAUAGUCCUAUUUUACUCAAAUCAAAAGUAUCAAAUAUAAAUAUACAUUUUGCAUGUAUAAAUUUAAGCCUAUUUCAGGACCAUUUAAGCCAGACCAUUUAAGAGUUUUUACAUCGUGACAUUAUUUUCAUGACAGCUACGCACGUUUUAACCCCUAUUCUCAUUGCUGCAAUGUGAAAAAAGAUGGUAAUUAUGAUAUUCUCAUUACUUCUAUGUACUUUUUUUUUAUUUUUUUAUUUUUUAUUAUUAAAACAAAUUCAUAGUAGUACUCCAUUGGUAAUACCUUUUUAAUUUGUACAGAUUUUAUUUAAAUCAUUGUAUAAGAACCAAUUUUUUGCUGUCCUACAGUAAUGAGAAAAAUAAUUGAAAACAAUGGUGAUAGUAAAAGAAAAAGUCCUGUUGCGUUACUGUAAUGAGAAUCAUCAUUAACAACAAUGCAAAUAAUACAAAUAAAAUGUACUGAUGUGUUACGGUAAUGAGAAUCAUCAUUAACAACAAUGCAAAUAAUACAAGUAAAAUGUACUGAUGUGUUACGGUAAUGAGAAUCAUCAUUAACAACAAUGCAAAUAAUACAAAUAAAAUGUACUGAUGUGUUACGGUAAUGAGAAUCAUAAUUUAAAACGAUGCGAAUAAUGAAAGUAAAAUGUCCCUGCAUGUUACGGUAAUGAGAAUCAUAAUUUAUACAAUGUGAAUAAAAAAUGUCACAAUGCAAACAUUUUAAAAGUCCUAAAUGUUGGCUUCAUUUCCUUUAGGUAAAAAAUGAUUUCUUAUUGUUUGUAUAAUUUGGGGAUAAUUAUGAGCAGGACAUUUUUUGACAGGUUUCAUGAGAAUCACCCUACAACAUUGCCCCUUUUAGUCUUCCAUUUAACUGCAUAUCUGUCAAAAAAUAAUAAUGUUUUGAUAUGUUUGGCUAUUUUUAACACCAAUAAUGAGCCAAAAUGAAUUUCUGUUGUAAUAGACAGCAUUCCACAGAUGCUGUUGUUAGAGUUUAACUUUGAUUGAACCUGGAAUAUUUUCUCUCUUUAACCAUAAUUAAAUCUUA